AUGGAUCCAAACCUAAAUGAAUUCAAUCUCGAAUACUUCCAACAAGAAUGGGAGUUAGAAGAUAAAAUGUUUGAUAGGCAACAAGAACUGCUUGAAGAGUUGCUUAGGAGAGAAGAACAACCGCGCAAGAGAAAGUCCAUAUAUAGAGAUCAUCAAGCAGCGCAUGAGAGGCUCAUGACCGACUACUUUGCCGAAUCAUGCACAUACACUGAUGCCCAAUUUCGACGAAGGUAUCGAAUGAAUAGGCCUCUCGUUCUACGAAUUGUGGAUUCUAUGUCAAAUUUUGACGUUUACUUCACACAACGUCGUAAUAAUGCGGGCAAGCUUGGUUUAACCCCUAUCCAAAAGUGUACUGUUGCCCUACGCAUGCUCGCAUAUAGAGUAGCAGCUGAUGCUUGUGAUGAGUACGUGAAGAUAGGAGAAUCUACUGCUAUUGAGUGUACGCAGAGGUUUUGCGAAGGGGUAAUAGCCUUGUUUCAAGAUGAAUACUUAAGACGACCCAAUGUGCAAGACUUGCAGAGGUUAAUCCAAGUUGGACAAGAGCGUGGUUUCCCAGGGAUGAUUGGAAGUAUCGAUUGCAUGCAUUGGCAGUGGAAAAAUUGUCCAAAGGCUUGGCAAGGGCAGUUUACUAGUGGACACAAGGGCACAGCAACAGUUAUUCUCGAGGCAGUUGCGUCAUAUGAUUUGUGGAUAUGA